CAUCUUUCAGCUGUAGACCUUCCAUAGUGAUGAAUUAUUUGUAGGGGACCUAAAGUGGGAGAUGUCAAAAUGAUUCCAGUCAUGUGCCCCAUAAUGACAUUUUUGUCAGUAAUGGACUGAACAGUGGUGAUCCCGUUAAGAUGAUGACAGAACUGAAAAAUACCUGUUGCCUAGUGAUGUUGAAGUUGUCAGAUAGGAGUGUGACGCAUUGCUCACAUGUUAGUGGUGAUGCUGGUAUACACAGACUGCUGCUGAUCAUACAGAAGUAUAACACUGUUACGUAGGGUACAUAGGAUCUGAUAAUGAUAAUAAAUUGUUACUGGUUUAUGUUUACUCUUCUACUUCUUCAUUGUUAUUUGAGAAUAUAUUCUUUCUACUUAACAUUUUUUUUAAAGUUUGCUGUAAAACUGUAUGUUUUGUUAUGCCAAAAACGGCUUCGUUCAUCUAUUUACCACGUUUCAGUUGCAUUAUUAUUCUUGUGCUUGAUUUAAUCUUGUUUAUUUUGUUCAUCAUUGACCCCUGAGCAACCAAAUCCACUGCUAAUGUUGACAGUGAGAAGCCAUGUCAAGAUAUUGACCUGGAAAUGAAAUUAGAGUGAUUAAGGACUACAGAGCUGGAAAACCAGUGGUGGUUAUUGCUCAGCAGUCAGGCAGGUCCCAUUCCACCAUAGCUAUAGUCUUGAAGAAUAAGAACAAAGUGACAGAAGCUGUUGAAGAAACUGCUUCAUUAAAGGCAACGAGAUUAACAAAGAUUUUGUGAAGGGCCUAUAUCAGGUGUGGAGAAAUUUAUAAUGACCUGGAUUGAAAGCCAGACACAGAAGCCUGUAUCUCUCCACACCUUGACAGUCACGGCCAAGGCAAAAUGUUUGUGAUGCUGAAAGAAAACACUAGACCCAACUACGAUGUUGCAUGUACUGCAAGCUCUGGGUGGUUUAAAGGAUUCAAGAAUGAAUCAUUAUUCAUUACAGAAUGUGAAAGUGAGUGGUAAGUCUGCUAGUACAGAUGUGAGGGCAGCUGAAGAAUUUUUGGAGACUCUAGGUUAGCUGAUUGUAGAGGAAAAUGACUUGCCAGUACAAAUAUUCUAUGUGGAUGAAACCUCCCCACCCUGGAAAAGGAUGACUGGAAGGACUUUAAUCCAUAAGGCCAAUCAGUAUCAGGUUUCAAGGCUUCUAAGGACAGGAUAAGAGUCUUGCUUGGGGGGCAGUACUAUAGGCUACAAAUGGAACCUCUGAUGGCACAGUGAGAACCCCAGGGCCUUCACCCGUAUCAGCAAGCACAUAGUGCCAGUGCACUGCAGGAAAAUGGGUCACAGAUGACCCACCUCCUCACCCAAGAUGCCCCCCUGAAUUGCUACUGCAGCAAAAUGGAGAAGUACUGUUUGGAGAAUGACAUGUCUUUCAACAUUUUAUUGUUGGUAAUGCUCCUGAACAUCCUUCUUUUAUUGGUGAUCUUCACCCCAGUACCAUAGUAGUAUUUCUCCAUCCAAACACCACCUCUUUGAUCCAGCCAGUGAAUCAAGAAGUUACAGCAGUUUUUAAAGCCUUGACCUUUGCCCAGGCUAUUGUUGCAACAAGAAAAAGUCUGAGAAGACACUAAUGAAAUUAUAGAAGGAUUAUAAUAUCUAUGACUUUGUGAAAACACCCUAGCUUAGGGUGAAGUCACCUAGCAGUGCGUGUAAGGCAUCUGGAAGAAGACACUCAAGAGGUUUGUCCAUGACUUAAAAGGAUUUGCCAAGGAUGAAGAGGUUGCAAAAAUCAAGCAGGCUUUGGUUAGGAUGGCAGCCAACCUUAACCUGGGUCUGGAUCGAGAUGACCCAGAGGGGCUCCUACAGGUGGCUCCUACAGGUGGCUCCUGAGGAGCUAAUGAGGAGCCAUUCGAACUGAAACAGGACCACACAGCUGAAAAAAAGACAAGAGAAAAUGAAACUGAAAAAGAACUCCCAAUAAACUUCACAGUGAAAGGUUUAGCAAAACUUGUGCAGACUUGAAUAAGCUCCUUAAAAAGUUUGAGAACAUGGACCCCAACACAGAAAGGUUCUCAUAAUAGGAAUGUUCAUGGUGCAGUAUCUGCUAACCAGCAAGUCUAAUGAAAAAAACAAACCAAGGAAAAUUACCAAGGUCUGGAAAGAGUGAAACCUCCUCCUGAAGAGCCUCCAGUCCUUCAUCAGGAGGAGUGCCAGAAGAAAGUGUCAUGCCCUCAGAGCUGACAAGACAGCCCCAGGCAUCGGAAGACCAGACCUUCUGAUGCAACAAGAUUUGGAGGUGAAAGACAGUGAUAUUGAUGAUUUCAACCCUGUGUAGGUCUAGGCUAAUUGAAUGUGUCUGAGCUUUUAACCAAAAAAGUUUUUUUUAAAGUGUUUUUAAUAGAAAAGCUUAUAGAACAAGUAUAUAAAGAAAAAAAUUUUUUAAUAUAGCUAUACAAUGUGUUUAUGCUUUCAGUGGUUAUUAUAAAAAGUCAAAGCAUCUUAAAAACAAUUUAUAAAGUGAAAGGUAUAGUAAGUUAAGAUUAAUUUAUUAAACGAUGCCCCAGCUGGUGUGGCUCUGUGGCUUGAGUGCUGGCCAGCAAAUCAUGGGAUUGCAGGUUCAAUUCCCAGUCUAGGGCACGUUCCUGGGUUGUGGGCCAGGUCCCCAGUAAGGGGUGUGUGGGAGGCAACCAGGCAUUGAUGUUUCUCUCCCUCUAUCUCCCUUCUUCCUCCCUCCCUCCCUUAAAAAUGAAUUUUUUAAGUUUUUUUUUUCCAUGAAUUUAGUGUAGUCUACAUGUAUAGUGGUUUUUUAAGGUCUACAGUAGUAGAUAGGAAUGUCCUAGGCCUUCACAUUUACUCACCACUCAUUUACUGAGUUACCCAGAGCAACUUCAGUCCUGCAACCUCCAUUCAUGGACUACCGGACAAAACCCUUCUGCUGCAGCGCGUGUCCGUUCUCCUCGAAAUUCUUCUCUGCCUACAAAAGUCACUUUCGGAAUGUCCACAGUGAAGACUUUGAAAACAGGAUUCUCCUUAAUUGCCCCUACUGUACCUUCAAUGCAGACAAAAAGACUUUGGAAACACACAUUAAAAUAUUCCAUGCUCCAAACGUCAGCGCACCAAGUAGCAGCCUCAGCACUUUCAAAGAUAAAAGCAAAAAUGAUGGCCUUAAACCUAAGCAGGCUGACAGUGUAGAGCAAGCUGUUUAUUACUGUAAGAAGUGCACUUACCGAGAUCCUCUUUAUGAAAUAGUUAGGAAGCACAUUUACAGGGAACAUUUUCAGCAUGUGGCAGCACCUUACAUAGCAAAGGCAGGUGAAAAGUCGCUCAACGGUGCUGUGCCCCUAGGCUCGAAUGCCCGGGAAGAGGGAAGUAUUCACUGCAAGCGAUGCCUUUUCAUGCCAAAGUCCUACGAAGCUUUGGUACAACAUGUCAUCGAAGACCAUGAACGCAUAGGCUACCAGGUCACUGCCAUGAUUGGGCACACAAAUGUGGUGGUUCCCCGAUCCAAACCUCUGAUGCUGAUUGCUCCCAAACCUCAAGAUAAGAAGGGCGUGGGACUCCAGUCAAGAAUUGGUCCCCUUGCUUCUGGAAAUGUCCGAUCUUUGCCUUCACAGCAGAUGGUGAAUCGACUCUCAAUACCAAAGCCUAACUUAAAUUCUACAGGAGUCAACAUAAUGUCUAAUGUUCACCUACAGCAGAACAAUUAUGGCGUCAAAUCUGUGGGGCAGGGCUAUGGUGUCGGUCAGUCGAUGAGACUGGGCCUGGGUGGCAGCGCGCCCGUUUCUGUCCCUCAGCAGUCUCAGUCUGUGAAGCAGUUACUUCCAAGUGGAAACGGGAGGGCUUACGGGCUUGGGUCGGAGCAGAGGUCCCAGGCACCAGCAAGAUACUCCCUGCAGUCUGCCAAUGCCUCUUCUCUCUCAUCAGGCCAGUUAAAGUCGCCUUCCCUCCCCCAGCCACAGGCAUCCAGAGUAUUAGGUCAGUCCACUUCCAAACCUACUGCUGCCGCCACAGGCCCUCCCCCUGCCAAUACUUCCUCAACCCAGAAGUGGAAAAUAUGUACAAUCUGUAAUGAGCUUUUUCCUGAAAACGUCUACAGUGUGCACUUCGAAAAAGAACAUAAAGCUGAGAAAGUCCCGGCAGUAGCCAACUACAUUAUGAAAAUACACAAUUUUACUAGCAAAUGCCUCUACUGUAAUCGCUACUUGCCCACAGAUACCCUUCUCAACCACAUGUUAAUUCACGGUCUGUCUUGUCCGUACUGCCGGUCAACAUUCAAUGACGUGGAGAAGAUGGCAGCGCACAUGAGGAUGGUUCACAUUGACGAGGAGAUGGGACCUAAAACAGAUUCUACCUUGAGUUUUGAUUUGACAUUGCAACAGGGUAGUCACACUAACAUCCAUCUCCUUGUGACCACUUACAACCUGAGGGAUGCGCCAGCUGAAUCUGUUGCUUACCACGCCCAGAACAACCCUCCAAUCCCCCCAAAGCCACAGCCAAAAGUUCAGGAAAAAGCAGAUAUCCCUGUUAAAAGUUCACCUCAAGCUGCGGUGCCCUAUAAAAAAGAUGUCGGGAAAACCCUUUGCCCUCUUUGCUUUUCAAUCCUAAAAGGACCCAUAUCUGAUGCACUUGCACAUCACUUACGAGAGAGGCACCAAGUUAUUCAGACAGUUCAUCCGGUGGAGAAAAAGCUCACCUACAAGUGUAUCCAUUGCCUUGGUGUGUAUACCAGCAACAUGACCGCCUCAACUAUCACUCUGCAUCUGGUUCACUGCAGGGGUGUGGGAAAGACCCAGAACGGCCAGGAUAAGACGAAUGCACCGUCUCGGCUCAAUCAGUCACCAGGACUGGCACCUGUGAAGCGCACUUAUGAGCAAAUGGAAUUUCCCUUGCUGAAAAAGCGAAAGUUAGAAGAUGAUAGCGACUCGCCUGGCUUCUUUGAAGAGAAGCCUGAGGAGCCUGUUGUUUUAGCAUUAGACCCCAAGGGUCACGAAGAUGAUUCCUACGAAGCCAGGAAAAGCUUCCUAACAAAGUAUUUCAACAAGCAGCCCUAUCCCACCAGGAGAGAGAUUGAGAAGCUGGCAGCCAGUUUAUGGCUGUGGAAGAGUGACAUUGCUUCCCACUUCAGUAACAAGAGGAAGAAGUGUGUCCGAGACUGUGAGAAGUACAAGCCUGGUGUGUUGCUGGGCUUCAACAUGAAAGAAUUAAACAAAGUGAAGCACGAGAUGGAUUUUGAUGCUGAGUGGCUAUUCGAAAAUCAUGAUGAGAAGGAUUCCAGAGUCAAUGCUAGUAAAACUGCUGACAAGAAGCUCAACCUUGGGAAGGAAGAUGACAGUUCCUCAGACAGUUUUGAAAAUUUGGAAGAAGAAUCUAAUGGAAGUGGCAGCCCUUUUGACCCUGUUUUUGAAGUUGAGCCUAAAAUCUCUAACGAUAAUCCAGAGGAGCACAUACCGAAGGUAAUUUCUGAGGAUGCUUUCGAGUCUGAGGAGAAGCUAGACCAAAAAGAGGGAGAGGGUUCCAAAUUUGAAACUCUUCAUUUGACUGAGGAACCAAGCAAACUAAUGCAUGAAGCUUCUGAUAGCGAGGUCGACCAAGAGGAUGUCGUAGAGUGGAAAGACGGUGCUUCUCCGUCUGAGAGCGUCCCUGGCUCCCAACAGGUGUCAGACUUGGAAGACAACACGUGUGAAGUGAAGCCAGGAACCUGGUCCGAUGAGUCUUCCCAGAGCGAAGACGCAAGGAGCAGUAAGCCAGCUGCCAAAAAAAAGGCUACCAUGCAAGGUGACAGAGAGCAGUUGAAAUGGAAGAAUAGUUCCUAUGGAAAAGUUGAAGGGUUUUGGUCCAAGGACCAGUCACAGUGGAAGAAUGCAUCUGAAAAUGAUGAGCGCUUAUCCAACCCACAGGUGGAGUGGCAGAAUAGCACAAUUGAUAGUGAGGAUGGGGAGCAGUUUGAGAGCAUGGCUGACGGCGUGGCUGAGCCGAUGCAUGGCAGCUUAACCGGAGUUAAACUGAGCAGCCAGCAGGCCUAGGUGCCAGGGCCUCUGGCAUUGUACGUGCUGCAGCCUGGACUUCAGUUCUCCUUUGAGUAUGACUGCAAAACUACUCUUAACUGGUACGGCCUUCCGAGCGCUGGGUCCUCAAGCUCUGCGGACCUGUGGCCGCUGCGACCCCAAUGGUUACUUCUGUGCCAGGUGAUCUUGCUUCAGAACUUGCUGUGACACAGUAACUCAGUGUGAAAAACCAGUAAGCUGGUGGCUCACAUAUGCACAUGAGAAAAAGCAAAGGUUUAUUUUAUCUGCCUUCUCAACAUUUCUUUCCCUCUGUAAAAUGUUUGGUUGGAUGUCCUUAAGAAGUGUUCUGAUUCGCAUGGUAGCGUAGGGCCAACAUACAAGCUACCAGUGCGACGUGUACAGUAGACUUCGGGGAAGUUUGGUUUUUUUCAUGUAUUCAUUCUGAAUAGUUGAAUUGUAUAUUUGUACAGUCUUUUAGACCUAUUCAAGUGAUGCUUAUGAUAUUGUUACUGUGUACCCAUCAUAGGUUUUUUUUAGUGUUGCCCUUGCUGUGUAAUAAACGCUGUAUCUAGUUUACCUAGCAAAGCCUGAAACGACGCUAGUAUGGACUUUUGAACAGACUUAGUUUUUGCACAUAACCUUGUACAAUCUUGCAACAGAGGCCAGCCACGUAAGAUAUAUAUCUGGACUCUCUUGUAUUAUAGAAUUUUUCUUGUUCUGAAUAUUCUUGACAUUACUGCUGACAAACAAAAACCGGUAUUUCAGGACCCGUUUUCUGAAAUCUUUUAAGCUAAAAUCACAUGCAAGAAUUGACUUUGCAGCUACUAAUUUUGACACCUUUUAGAUCUGUAUGAAAGUGUUGUGUUGACGCAGCAGACCAACGCGUGCUGCAUUUUGGAUAUUUAGUUUUAUCUUUAGUUAAACACCACCUGGUGUAUUCAUUUAUACCAUCUAAUAUAUGACACACUGUUGUAGUAUGUAUAAUUUUGUGGUCUUUAUUUCCCUUUGUAUUCAUUUUAAGCAUCUAAAUAAAUUGCUGUAUUGUGCUUAA